AAAAGAUUUAUUCAGUCAUUCAAGUAUCGGACAGUAUAGCGGGACUAGAACAAAAAUACUCACAGCGUUUUCUUAUCUUUGUACUUAUAUUGAAAAAACGUGUUGAAUCAUAGAAAUUUAUAUCGAAAUUAUUCAAAGAAUCUUUUGCCAUUCCGUGUUAAUUAUAUAAUUAUCAUCAUUUUUGUAUGUUUUUCAUUCAAAUGAUUUGAAAUAUUGUGAAAAUAAUUUACAUCUCUGAGAAAAUUUGUUGACAUUUCUACAUUUUGAGGUUAAGUUUCACCCGCAAGCCAAAUCUGUAAUAAAUAACAAGUGUUUCGUGUAUUAAACAUUACAAAAAUGAAGAUUAUCAUUAUAUCUAUCGUUAUUAUUGGUCUUUUUGCCAACUGUUUUACACAGGACACGAUUGAAAAUGCCGAUGAUGCUUUAAAUAAAAUUAAUUCAAUAAUCGAUAUACCAGAAUUGAAAAAUAUUAAUGCUUCUGCAUUGCCGGUGUCGGAAGCUGAGAAUGUAAUGAAGAAGAAAUGUGAAAAAAAUGGUGGACCAACAGCUUAUGAGACGGCAAAGAAAGGAGUUAUUGAUAUGGGUACUUGUAUAGCAUCACUGGUUAAUAUGACAAAAUUAAAUCAAGAAAUAGAAGAAGCCAAACCAACUGGCGAUUUGGAUGAAGUUUUUGCCAAAUACUGUAAAAAAUCCAUUGUUCUUAAACAUUGUGUACGUAAUUUAACCGAAGCAGUGAAUCCUUGUCUCGAAUCUGUGGAACAGGCACUUGAACCAAUUAUUCUAAAUAUUACAAAUAGCCUUUUGGAUUUUAUUUGCUUCAAGGAGGGCGACCGAAUCGCUUUAUUUAUCUCCACGGAUGGACCGAAAUGUUUCCAAGAUAAAAUGGCACCGAUUCAACAAUGUUUGAAUUCCACAUAUGGAGAAAGUAUUCAAAAUAUAAGUGCAAAUGUAACUUCCGUUUCGGAAAUGACUCUACCACUUUUUGUCUUGGACCACAAAUCUUGCAGCGAUAUGGUUAAAUUGCAAGGCUGUGUGGUAAAGGAGCUGGAAACAUGUAACGAUCAAACACCAGCUAAUAUUGCUGAAGCUCUCUUCAACUUUGUGAUAAAAGUAACACCUUGCGAAAAAUUGCUAGGAUUGUAAAGGACUACUUCACAAAAAUCUUACAAUUUAUCAUUUUCUAUUUUUGUGGACUUGGCCCCUGUUUGGCAUUAAGGUUAAAAAAAAAAAUUGCAAUAAAACAUUGCAAUUUACUUUGUAAGCAUUUAGUAACAUUCUACUGCAUGUGCCUUGCAAAAAAAAAAUAUUUUUUUUUAUGGCAAUCGCAUGCUACACUGUGAUAAAAAUAUUUUCUUAUCACGUGUUUUUUUUGCAUUCGAAUCAAAAAAGAGAAAUAUUUUAUGAUAAAAAAUAGUUUGUAAUUUUAUUAAGAUUUUUAUACUAAUUUACUCUCGCUUGUUUAGUCGUAAUUAGAACAAAACAAAAUUCUAAAUUUUUAAUGCUGUCCAUUUUUUUUUUUUUGUAAAAUUUCCUUUUUGAAAAAAUAAAAAAAAGGAAAUAGAAAUAAUUUGCAAAAAAAGACUAUUUCUGCAUGUCAAAGGGAUAAACAAGUUCUUUAACCAAAAUGUGCCUUUAUGUAAUAAUUAAUCUUUAGACAUUUUACAGCAUGCCAUAAUUUUGUAAUGCCAAAGGAUACAAUUAAGAUUAUUCUUAUACGAAUGUAAAAAUUAUAAAAAAAAAAUGAUGCAUCACACCUGUUACAUAAUUUUGUUAUUUUUAAUAAUAAUUAUCAUUGUUACACUA